AUGUCUGCAGUCGAAGUUGAUGGUUUUAAUGCUUCCCCUUUAUUAAGCAUGUUAUAUGAAGGUUUACAAAACAAAGAAUUAGCUAGUGAAGCUAUGAAACAAGUCAAAGCUGUUAUUGUCAUUACUUUAAAGAAUAAAGAAGGUAAACAACAAUCAUGGGUCCUUGAUUUAAAGAACAAGGGUGAAGUCAUUAAAUGUGACGCUUCUCCACCAAAAUCAGAUGUUCAAUUAAUUUUAAAGGAUGCGGACUUUGUGAAAUUAGCAAAUGGUAAAGCUAACGGCCAAAAGUUAUUCAUGAAUGGUAAAUUAAAGAUCAAGGGUAACUUGAUGAAAGCUGCUUCUAUAGAAACUGUCUUCAAGCAAUUUGAUCCAAGACCAAAGCUUUAG